AUGUGUGGAAUAAAAGCGCGCACAGGCACAGACCCCACGAGAGGACGCGACGCGCCGCGCGCAAUCACACUUCAGAGUCUUCUGCGCUGAAUUUGACGCAACAGCAGCGAAGAUGGUUUGGUUGAUAAGGUUCAUCCUUCUCUUCUGUUUGUGCAUAAUGAGGAUGUCCGCACUUAACUCUUUCCCUGAGAAAUUUGAAAUUGCUGAGAGACACGCAUCCGUUACCCUGACCUGUAGAACAGAUAAAGACAUAAUCACAUGGAGACGUGAGGACGCAAAUAGCAUAGAGAACAUAUCGCAAUCAGAAUUUGAAAUCCUCAGUGGGCGGGAUUUGACCGUGAUUGACCUGCAGGAAGACCUAACAGGGAAUUACACCUGCUGGAGUGAUUCAGGUCUUGAAGACUACACCUAUCUCCUGCUCGACAAGUCUAAAGAAACUACAGCUUUUAAUAUUAACUGCACAGCUGAGACGUUUUCCUGCACUGAAAAAAUCAAAUGUGCCUGGAUCCCAAAUGAUUUUACAGAUGAAUUUGCUUUCAGACUUCGCAAUACAAGGGAUAAUGGAGACUGGGUGUCACAGCCUGUGGGUGGGGUAUUUUUUCUCCCACAUUCCACCAAUUCAUACUCUGAAGAGUCCGAGCAGCUGCUGAUAACAGGGGAGGCGGCUUCUGCAUGCUGCUAUAUGAAAACUGAAUACAGCUUCUACCUACGAGACAUUGUUAAGCCAGCAAAUCCAAACAUUUCAAUCUGCACUAUAAAAAAUGAGGGGAGUGACAAUCAAAUCGUAGAAUUGGAGGUGGAGCCUCCCUCGACCUGGCCUCAGCCCCACAGUUUCUUUCCUCUGAAGCAUCAGAUCGAGUAUGAGAUACGACACAAUGGCGAGCUAAAGACUAAAGAAUGGGAGGAGGGGUCAAAGGUCAAAGUUCAGGGUUCCAUCACAAAACUAAGGGUCCGCUGCAGAGACCUGCUGCUCCUCUCUCAGUGGAGCGAGUGGAGCGAGUGGAAAAACGUAAACUAG